ACAGAAGUUUUUAGUGAUAUACCUGUAAAGACCAUUACUCUCGGCAUUACUGAUUUUCCUAAAUACAAAUUGAAUGCAAAAUAUAAAAACUCUUUUCAUAGAAAAGGAAGUUAAAUUAAUAUUAGGAAAGUGUGUAUUGCAAUGCUUGAGCUAAAUUCAAGUAGAUAUGAAUCUUAAAUCUUGUCUGAAAAGGAAGUAAAAUUGAUAACUGGAUAAAAUGGCUGCUAAGGGUGGUGACAAUGCAUCAGAUGAAAUUAUUGACAUCAAAUGUUGUGUGUGUGCUGGGAAAAAUAUCACGCGUGAAGCUGAAAAAUAUUGUGUUGAAUGUAAGGACUAUUACUGUAUACCAUGUACAGACAUGCACAAAGCUUUUCCAUUAAUGAGAGGACACAAAUUGCUGGAUAAAGCUGAUUUCAGUACACAUGGUUUGCAGUCAUCGUUACCAUGUUUCCCAAUAGAGAGAUGCUCGAUUCAUAAAGCGAAACUUUUGGAUAUGUUCUGUAAGAACCAUGAUGAGGUUGUCUGCGCCACUUGUGUAGCUAUAAAUCACAGAACAUGUCAGAAUAUACACUCCAUUCCGGAUGAAGUUGACAAUCUAUAUAAACAAUCAGCUUCUGAUCAAACCAAGAAACAACUCCUUGCAGCAAAGAAGGCUGCAGAGGAUAUAAAGAAAGCCAAACAACAACUCCUCAGUGAGCUGAAGAAACAAAAGCAGAGAGCAACUGAUUCUAUUAUAAACUACAGAAAAGAACUAGAGGCUGAGCUCAAGAGACUUGAAACUGAAUCAGUCAAAGAAGUUGAUGUACAGUAUAAUAGUACGGAAAGCGAUCUACUGGGUGAGAUCAAAAAAGCAGAGAAAGAUAUUGAUGACCUGGAACAAUCUGCUGCCAAGCUGCAAAAGUCCAAUGGAAAUAAAGCCCAAGAAUUUGUAUGUGUCAAAACUGCUCAAGAAAAAUAUCAAUAAAACUAGAAGUUCCACAAGCUCCAUACAAAAACAAACAGAUGUGAAAAUAAGUUUUUCUGCUGACAUGAAAAUCAAAAACCACCUGAAACAAUUAAAGGCAUUAGGACAGGUGAUUACAGCAGAAGCAACUUACAAGCCAAGAAGCACAGCAUACAAAAUGAAACAAAAAAGGAAUAUUAAUAUUAAACUUAAAGAAGACGGAUAUACAUGUAGAAUACUUGGAUCCUGUUUUACUGAGGAUGGUUCCUUGCUUCUUGCUGAUAUUGAUAAUAGAAAGAUAAAACAUCUGGAUGUGUCUUCAGAUACAAUCACAGAUCAUCUAGAUCUGGAGGACGGACCUUUGGCUGUAUGUCUAACCAGUAAACAAGAAGCUGCGGUAAGUCUCUGGAACAAAACCAUACAGUUUGUAUCACUAGGAGACAAGAUGGCAACAACAAGGAAGCUGAAGAUUGAUCAUCGCUGUGAAGGUUUGGCCUUCAAUGAUGGGAAAUUUUUCAUAUCUGACGAAAACAAAACAGUUUAUAUUCAUGAUGUAAGUGGCACCAUGUUACAUGAAAUUACAAAAGACCAAUCAGGCAAUCCAAUUUUCUGUGGCAUCAGACAUAUUAGUGUGAGUACAAACAGAGAAUGUGUGUAUGUGGCUGAUGCAGAUGAAGGUGUGAUAACUUUAGACAUACAGGGAAAUUAUCUAUCAACAUUUACUGAUUGUGAUUUACAUAAUGCUCAGGGAGUAUGUACAGAUAAGAGAGGAAACAUACUGGUCUGUGGGUAUGGAUCAUCAAACAUUGUCGAGAUAAAUGAGGAUUCAAAAACAAAGUUAGCCGUAUUCAAAACAGAACAGAAACCAUUAUCAGUCUGCUUUGAUCCUCGCCAGAACAAACUAGCUGUAACUCAUGAGAACAGUAAUACUGUAAAUGUCUAUGAGCUGGAGUAAGUUACUUUUACUGCACUGAGCGUAUGGAUACUUAUCUUAAUUUUGUUGUCACACCAACACAAUUUAGGUCAUAUGGUGGCUUUCCAGCUUUAAUGAUAGCUGGAGACCUCUUGUGCCACUCCAAACAUUAUUUCAAGUACAGCCACCGAACUUCAACAAGCUAGCUGGAUGACUUCUCAUAACGGCCUAAGCUGGGCUCGAACCAACAGAGGUUAAGGGCAAGUGAUUCAAAGAUAAUUCAACCUUAACAACUUUUCAGUGAUUUACACAAUAAUACAUGUCGCACUGUCUGAGAGGUUAAACAAGCAAAUUCGAUGAAUUGGUAUCCCCCGCCGAAAGGGCUUGUGGUGAGGAAUGGCAAAAAAAUAUAUCCGGCAAAAAGUUAAGGAUGUUACUAAGAAGCAAAUAAUUUCAUUAGUAAAAAUAAUUUUAACAGAAAAUGAAUGG